GUCACACGGGACGGAGAAUGAUUGUUCGGUCUUUCCAACCUUGGUCGGAUGUGAAUAAGCCGAGAUGAGGAGAAAUCGAGGCUGAGCCUGAAAUGUAUAAAGAGACAGGUGUUUCCUACUAGAGAGGAGGGCAAUACUUGACAACCGCUAGCCACCGCAAUAACACACUCUGGCAUUCGACUCCAAAUCUUGAUCAGGAAACCCCAAAAAUGCUCAGAUACGCCAGAAGCCAGCCCGUUGGCUUCAACAACGCCAUCGAGAGAGUCGCCAUUGUCGGAGCUGGAGGCACCAUCGGAUCGCACAUCACCGCUGCCCUCCUUCAAACCGGAAAACACUCCGUCAAGGCCCUCACCCGCAAAGGCAGCAGCAACAAACUCCCCGAGGGUGUCGUAGUCGCCCCAAUCGACUACAGCGACCAAGCCAGCAUUGUAGCCGCUCUCAAGGACCAGCAAUUUUUCAUCAUCACCAUGGCUCCCACCGCGCCGCGGGACACCCACAGCAAGCUGGUUCAGGCGGCCGCCAAGGCUGGCGUUCCCUACGUCAUGCCCAACGGUUACGCCGGUGACAUCGAGAACAUUAAAUUAGGCGAGGACACGUUGCUGGGGCCUGUUGCUAAAGCAAAUAGGGACGAAAUUGAGAGGCUUGGCAUGCAAUGGAUCACUGUGUGUUGUGGAUUUUGGUACGAUUAUAGCUUGGCAGGUGGCGAGGCGCGCUUCGGCUUCGACUUUGACAAGCGGUCCCUCACAAUUUAUGACGAUGGCAACACCAAGAACUCGACGUCGACCUUGUCGCAGGUUGGGCGGGCCGUAGCCAAGGUUCUGAGCCUGAAAGAGCUUCCUGACGACGAAAACGACAAGAGUCUUACUCUUUCGGGGUUCUUCAACAAGGGCGUGUACCUCAAGAGCUUUGUGGUCAGCCAAAACGACAUGUUUGAGAGCGUCAAGCGCGUCACGGGCAUGUCUGAUGCCGACUGGACCGUCACCCACGAGUCCACCAAGAAGCGGUACGAGGAUGGCCUGGCGCAAGUUAAAGAGGGUAACAUGAUUGGUUUUAGCAAGUUGCUGUACGCGAGGGCAUUCUACCCGGAGGAUCCGAAUGAUCUUUCCGCCAAGGCCCAGAAUGAGCAGCUUGGCUUGCCGGAUGAGAGCCUGGAUGAGUCUACCAAGGUUGGGAUAGAUUUGGUCAAGGUCCUACAGCGUCGUGUUGAGCGUAUGGCGGCCUAG